AUGCGCCAUCUCCCGAGGUUACGGGGCGCCGUCUCCGCGAGCCUGUGCUGCUCCUCUCCGACCCAUAUCCGUACCACCACCGCUGUGGCUGCCGUCGCGACGACUUCCUCUUCCUCCACAAAGACCCAAUCCCUUCAAAGGCGAACUCUUUCCACGUCCCUCCCCCGCUCCGACGCUGUUGAAGCCUACACCCCACCACAGGGUCUCAAACCACCCCCACAAGCACAGAAGGCUGCCGUCCGCCCAGACAAGAUCACCGACCCCGCAUACGAGCCGGCACAAGAUGGAUUAGAGCUGGAGGAAGUGGGUGGACUGGAUGGUUGGUGGGAGAACCCAGACAACUAUGGUGUGGGCAGGCAGUGGGUUGGUUAUGGCCCCGCAGAGAAGAUUACCGACCCAGCCGUUCUCGAGGUGGCGGUUUACCGUGCGUUGGUUGAGGCCAUGGUUGCGAGACGGCAAAUGAACACGCCGGACGCGACUCCCGCUAGGGAUGCUCUGCUCGAGUCCGGGUGGGGCCCCGCGGCAUUGACGGCCACCACUGUUCAAACCAAGCUGUGCGGUGGCUCACAUGGCACUCUUAUAUUGAAGCCAGCCGAAGACGUCGAGACAGCUACUGCCGCCGAGCAAGAGGCUGAGGUAACGGAGGAGGCCAAGGAACAGCUCGAGGCAGCUGUCACCCCGGAGCAAGAGGCUGAGGUUGUGGAGGCCAAGGAGGAAGUUAAGACAGCUGUCGCUUCUGAGCAAGUAGCUGAGAUAACGGAGGAGACCAAGGAGGAAGCCGACACAGGUGUCGCUUCCGAGCAAGAGACCGAGACCGAGGUCAAGGAGGAAGUUGACGCAACAAAGGACUCGGCGGACCAUGUUAUCAGCACUGAAGAGGCCCGGGCGCUAUUGAAGGAAAUUGGCCAUGAAUGGAAGCGGCCCAUGAUCAAGGACCUCAUCUACAAAUAUUUUAUUGCCAAGCGUAUCUACAAGCUUACUGGACACAGGAUUCCAGAUGGCAAGUUGGUCGCUAUCAAUUCCGGUGGUGUUCUUCUCAAGGAGAUCGUGAAGCCACCCAAGGCUAAGAAGCUCGCCGAGGAGAUUGAGAACAAGCAGCUCUUCCAGUCUCUACCCAACGUAAAGGUGUUCCCCCGCAGAGUCACACCCAUCGACAAGGAGAAGAUGAUGGGUCGCUGGAAGGUUAUCCGGGAGGAGCUCGAGAGACGUGGCCUCCCUGUUAUUGGCACUGCCAAUAUCGACAAUGCGAUCGAGAAGAAGUGGGUUACGGGUACGAAAUAA